UUACUAUUUAGUUUAUGAUGUAUAUCUAACAAGGUUCGGCCCGCCCUACGGGCGGGAUAUACUUUAUUUGUGAUUUUGGUUUUUAUUCUUUUGUAUGAUUUUGUGGUCUGUGUUUUAGAUUUGCAUUUGCAUUUGUAAGUGAUGUGUAUACUAAUGAUAUUUCUCUAUUAGAAAAUUUUAAGUGAUGAGAGAUAUUACAUUCAUUUUAGUUAACGUUGGAUGUUGUUUAUUUUGCUAACUUGUUUAUGUUUUUUUUUUUUUUUUUUUCAAAUACAUUGUCUGACAUUGUACUACUUUAUUAUUAUCUUUCGUUUUUGUUAUGUUUUUUUUAUAAUGAACACACAUUUUUAUAUCAUCUUCACAUAUGUUUAACUAAAUUCUUUUAUAUUUUAUUUUUUUAUUAGUGUUAUUAGAGAUUAUAAGUUUGUAUUAGCAUGACACGAUGUUCAUGAUUGAAAUGGUAUUAUACGUUUUCUUAAAUGUUUGCUCAACUUUUCUUAUAUAUAGUAAGUAGAUUUCAGUUUUUGUUGUUGUGGUUACGUUUAAUACUCAAAAUAUUGAUUAUUUUAUAUAGUUUUUCAACAUUGUACGUGAGUUUUGUAUUUUUUUUAUUAUUAUUAAAAUAUUUGUAUAUUUUAAUAAUAUAUAAAUAGUUAAUUUUUUAUUAAUUGGUUCAGUAUUUUCACAUUUAUUAGCAUAAUUUACUUAUAACUAAUAUUUAAAAGAAAUAAUUGGAUAGACAACAAAUCAAAUUUAGAAUCUAGCUAUUACUUUGUAUGUUAUAACUAUAUAAAUUUUAUGCAUUUUACCAUUUUUAAAAAAUAUUUUAUUCUGCUAAUAUAAAAUCUAAUUAAAGAUUGAGAGUGAGUGCCGUAUCCAUGAUGUUUACUCAUGGCUGUAACAAAAAAAACAUUAAGCCCAUAAUUAUUAGAUAAAUACACAACAAACCAAAGCCCAAUAUGAUUUCCAAUUAAAUGAAUCGCAGCAUUUAACACAGCGGGACACAUGUCAGUCCCUCAGAAAAUGAGUUUAUAGCUGGAUAGCCUAGGAGUGAGGCAAACAAUUUUAUAUAUAUAUAUAUAGAUUUUAAUACUCUAUCUAUAAGAAUUAUAUUAUUAUGUAUUUGUGAAGGUUUUAAAGAAAUUGUUUCUUUCAUUUGGAUUAAAGUACAAUUUGUAUAUAUGAAUUAGUAGUCAUACAUAAUUAUUUUCAUAUUAAUAAAUAAAAUAUAAUUGAUUAUUUACUUAACAGUAGUGUUAAUAUAAAUUAAAGUCAUUAUUAAAAAUAUAUAGAUUAGUUUUUUAGUUUCUUAAUUUUAGGUUAGUGUAUAUUUAAUAAUAAUUAAGUUAGGGAUAAAUAGAAAUAAUUAGAUAAUGGUCCAACUUAGACUAUUUGUAAGUAGAUAAAAAGUAAGACCCUAAAUUAGUAGAUUAGAUAAAGAACAAUUUUUCAAUAUUUUGAACUUUUUUCUGUGGUUAAUUAUGCUAUUACAAAUUGUUGUUUCAUACCUUUUUUUCUUUUCAGGGAAGAAUGAAACAGAUGAAGAUGAUGGCAUAUUUUCAGAAUAUUGUUUCUAUAAUCUAAUUAUAUACAACUAACAUUUUUUUUUUUGAACUAACAUUCAAUAAAAUAGACCGGAUUACGUUGAACUUAUAAUGUAAGACGUUUAGGAAAUAAAUCACCAUAUUAUAAACACUGAAUCUCCACGUUGUGUAAUUGAAUAAUUUACAAGGAUAUCAAUCUUAUCUGUAAGAUACGCAUUUACAAGGAUCGCCGAUUGUCUAUCCUUGCCAAAUUAAUAAAUCUAUAAGAAGUGCAAACCCCUCUUGGAAACCAUAUUCAACAAAAGAGGGUGGUAAAGAGAAGCAAAGAGAAUGAAAUCCCUAACAAUCCACACCCUAAUCAUCACUAUUUUCUUCUUUACAAUCUCAACAUCAUUUGCAUCACCACCAAGACUCGAAGACGUUUUCUCACAAUGCACCACAGAUUUUAAACCCUCAAAUCCAAAUUUCCCAAUACAAAACUUCACAUACACUCAACAAGACCCUAGUUUCCUCACAAUCCUCAACAACUACGUCCGUAACCUCCGUUACUUCAACAACACGACACGUAAGCCCGUCGCGAUCGUAGCAGCCGCAGACGUCACUCACAUCCAGGCCACGAUCACCUGCGCCAAAAGACUCAGCCUCCAGCUCCGUGUCCGAAGUGGAGGCCACGACUAUGAUGGGAUGUCGUAUUUAUCAACAGUCGAGUUCGUCGUCCUAGACAUGUUCAACCUUCGUUCUAUCGAGUUUGAUCCUAAACUCGACACCGCGUGGAUCCAAUCCGGUGCUACACUCGGAGAGAUCUACUACGGAGUUGCCAACAAAAGCAACGAUCUCCGUGGAUUUCCUGCCGGAAUAUGCCCCGGUUUAGGCGCUGGUGGACAUUUUAGCGGUGGCGGUUACGGCAACAUGAUGAGAAAGUACGGUUUAUCGAUCGAUAACAUUAUAGACGCAAAGAUCGUUGAUGCUAAGGGAAGAGUCUUGGACCGUAGCUCGAUGGGGGAAGAUCUUUUCUGGGCCUUACGUGGCGGUGGAGCCGCUAGUUUCUGUGUUGUCUUAGCAUGGAAGAUCAAGCUAGUUCCGGUUCCAGGGAAGGUCACAGUCUUUAACGUGGAAACUGUCGGAAACAGAGGAGGCGUGAACACCACGGAACUUGUAUUGAAAUGGCAAGAGAUCGCAGACAAGACCGACAACAAUCUGUUCAUAAGGUUAACUUUAAGCACAAGCAACAAAACUGUAAAGGCUUCUUUCAUGGGAAUGUUCCUUGGAGAUUCGGCUAAGCUUCUAGAAAUCAUGAACACGGAUUUCCCGGAGCUUGGUCUGAACAAAUCAGAGUGUCUAGAAAUUAAAUGGAUCGAAUCGGUUCUGUUCUGGCUAAGUAUCCCACCCGGUACAGCACCAACAUCGGUUAUUCUAAACCGGAUUCCGCAAAAGCAAAUCUACCUCAAGAGAAAAUCCGAUUACGUCCAAAAACCGAUAUCAAGAACCGGUUUGGAUGCGAUAUUCAAGGUUCUGUUAGAGAACGAGAACGUGACAAUGGCUUGGAACCCGUACGGAGGGAGGAUGAGUGAGAUUCCAUCGACGGAAACAGCGUUCCCGCACCGAGCAGGGAACAUGUUCAAGAUUCAGUACGCAGCGAACUGGUUCGUGCAAGGGGAAGCAGUGGCUAACGAAUGCUUGAGCCAGACGGAAAGAGUGUUCGAGGCAAUGAGCCCUUACGUGUCAGAGAAUCCACGAGAGGCGUUUUUGAACUAUAGGGACGUUGACAUUGGAACGAGCUUGAACUCGACGUACGAGGAAGGUAAAGUUUAUGGGGUGAAGUAUUUUAAGAACAAUUUCGACAGAUUGGUUAAGGUCAAGAGCAGAGUUGAUCCCGAUAACUUUUUCCGGUACGAGCAGAGCAUUCCUGUGCUCUCUAGUCACUAGAAAUUACCUAGAGACACAUUCCUGCUUCCGCUAUUGAGAAGUGCUACCAAAAUUUAUAUUUUAAUAGUAAAAACAAAGUCAACAACCUAAUGGUUUGAGCUCUCUAGUUUUAUUACUCAGACCUAAAAUAUUGAGAAGUUCUUGUUUUAAAAAGUUAAGACAUGUACGUUUUAGAAGAUAAAGAAUGUAAUAU